AUGAGAUGAUUGCCUGUUUUACUAGAAGAAGUGUAUAUACGGUCCGUAUGAAAUCUAAACCUACCCUCAAAGGUUAUAAGAUUCUAUUAUUAUGUGAUUCAGGAUACACAUGGACAUUUUCUUUUUUAUCACGUAUUGAAAAGACAACAAACCUAUCUACUGCUCAAGGUAUUAAUGAAAUAGGUUGGCAUGUUUGCUACUUAGUAUUUCAACUUCCACUUCAAUCACGUGCUUUUACAAUAUAUAUAGACAAUUGCUUUACAUCAAUUCUAUUAUUCCAACAUUUGCGGAAUAAUGGAAUUGGUGCAUGUGGAACAGCUCACACAAACUCUGCUAAGUUUCCAAAAGAAUUAAAGAUUUAG